GCAAACGCAGCAGCACUGCACGUCGUGGAGCAAUGGUGCUGAAGGAAUCGAGACGUUAGUUUAUGAAACGACAGAAAGGAGACGCGGACAGCAAGGAUCCCGCAUCUAACGGAGAAUAUGAGCAAGGAGGAGGCGUCAUGUCGACCCGCUUCUUUGAAGUUUACCAUUGACAACAUCCUCAACUCCAAGUCGAGUAGGAGAAACUCUGAAAGCCGUCAUUCAAAGACAUCUCUUGUAGUGUGUCGGGAUGGCUGUCUGCAUCAUCCCGGAGGCAGCGAGGAUCAAUGCAAAGAAGAGUCAGAUGCAAGAUUGCGCACCAUUGAUAAAGUCAACAUAGAGGGAGAUGGAAUCGUGGACGCGCUCAAAACCGUCGACACGCGCAGCGAGAGCACGGACAGCUGCGAUGACAGGCAGCAGAAGAACAACAACAGCAAGAAGAAUAAACUGAUGACAAAAAAGAAAACGCGCACUAUAUUUUCCAAAAGACAGAUCUUCCAACUGGAAUCUACGUUUGACAUGAAGCGCUAUCUGAGCAGCGCGGAGCGCGCGUGCCUGGCGAACUCUUUGCAGCUCACCGAGACUCAAGUCAAAAUCUGGUUUCAGAAUCGACGGAAUAAAUUAAAAAGACAACUGUCUACUGAACUGGAGGGACCGCCUAGCGAUUUCAGUGAUAUUGGAAAGACGGUACCGCUCCCAGCUUUAUAUAAAGAGAAUAAUCUGCUCGGAAGGUGCAUGCUUCCAAUGCCUCUACCAGUCGUGUAUCCUGGAGGUAGCGCGCCUUACUUUUAUUUCUCAAAUGCCAGCAAGUAUUUCAACCUGUUUGAUGGAGAUAUAUGACUUAGAAAAUACCCUUGCACAGGGGACACAGUAUAAUUCUCAUAAAAAAAAAAUUAAAAAAAACGACAACACGGCCCAACUUAAAUUUUGAUAACAAACAUUUUUGGCCUUUGUGUGUGUUUUGCUGAGAUCAUUGUUCAGCUAUCGGCCAGUAAAGAAGCCGGCUUGUAUUUCUAUGCAAAAGCCUAUUUUAUUUAUUGUAUGCUGUACAACAUGUUAUUAAAAUAAUAACACCUAGCAUAUUUCAGUGCAUCACAUAUACUGAUAGAAAUGCCGGUGCCAAUCACCCUGUCUUCACAUGGCAGGAAGUUAUUAACACAAAUGUUUUACUGUUUACAUUAUUAUUAUUAUUAUUAUUAUUAUUAUUAUUAUUAUUAUUAUUAUUAUUAUUAGCCUAUUAUUACAACUCUGCCAGAGAUAGAUUCUUGGUGCAUGCCUUUGUAUUUUAAAUGGCCCUCCAAUUCCAAAAUGAGCAACCGAAACGUAUUUAAGUGAAUGUAUUGGUUAUUUUAACGCAUGUUUGUAUGUUUAUUCCUUAAAGUUUUUUUUUUUUUUUUUUUAAUAAAUCGUUUUCAGUAUACCCUGGCCAGUUAAGUUGGCUAUACUACCAGUAUUUACAUCUUUUAUCGAGUGUCAUUAAAUCUUCUGUUUUACACUUGCUUCAAAAGAAAA